GCAAGAGCUGCAGAGACCACGUUCGUACGAUUUGAAGAGCGCUGCUGCCCGCCAGAGGAGGCGACCGCCGCGGGACAGAGCUUCUUCUCAGGCUCCGGCAGCUUAGUGCAGGCGAUUUGUUUCGUUUGAGAUCGACAAAUUGUUCGAGCUACAAAUUCCUCUCCAUCUGAGGACGUCGCAUCUUCACCAGGAUCGAAUUGCUCUCCCGAGCUAAGCUGAGAAAAGCUAGCAAAAGACAAUGGCGAUGGUGCUGGAUGCAUUUGCAUCCUACGUGGGCAACAUGCUCGCGCAGCUAGCAGCAGAUGGUGUGGGGACGAUGCUGGGCGUCUCCUGCGAGAUCGACAAGAUGGGCGACAAGCUCCGGGAUCUCAAAAACUUCUUGGCUGAUGCUGAUAGGAGGAACAUCACCGAUGAGACUGUUCAAGAGUGGGUGGGGCAGCUCAAGCGUGCCAUGUAUGAAGCUACCGACAUCCUCGACCUCUGUCAGCUCAAGGCCAUGGAGCGUGGAUCAUCUACUACUCUAGACGCGGGGUGUUUCAACCCCUUGCUCUUCUGCAUACAGAAUCCAUCCCAUGCUCAUGAGAUCGGCACCCGCAUCAAAAAGCUCAACAUGAGGCUCGACUACAUCAAAGAACAGAGUGCUACUUUCAACUUCGUCAAUCUCGGGUCUUAUGAGGAUCAUAACAACAACGCCCAUGGCUUUCGCCAUGGUAAUCCAAGUCGGGAGACAGUAGGGGACUUUGACCGGUCGGCUAUUGUUGGAGACAAGAUUGAAGAAGACACAAGAGCAUUGGUGGCCCAAAUCAUGCAGGCGGGAAAGGAUGUCAACAAUGGCAUCAUGGUGGUCGCUAUCGUAGGUGUUGGUGGCAUCGGCAAAACCACCCUCGCCCAGAAGGUCUUCAAUGACGAGGCAAUCCAAGGUGAAUUCAGCAAAAAGAUAUGGUUGAGCGUCAACCAAAACUUCAGUGAUGUUGGUCUGCUGAGAAGGGCCAUCAUCGAAGCCGGGGGAGAUGCCCAGCCACCUGAAAGUGCAAAGACCAGCCUUCAUGAAGCCCUCAAGAACACAUUGAUUGACCACAAGACCUUUCUGGUAAUUGAUGAUGUGUGGAACCAUAGAUCAUGGAAUGACGUACUGAAAAUACCCUUAGUCAAUGAUGCUGCUUCAGGCAGCCGAGUCCUUGUCACUACCAGAGAUGAAGGUGUUGCCCAAGGGGUGAAAGCUAUCUGGCCGUACCACCAUGUCGACAUAUUAGUUCCUGAAGAUGCUUGGUCAUUGCUCAAGAAUCAGGUAUGCUCAAGUGAGAUAGAUGAAGACCACAUCUAUACGCUAAAGGAUAUCGGACUGAAAAUUAUACAGAAAUGUGGUUGUUUACCAAUUGCUGUUAAAGUGAUGGGAGGAAUCUUGCGUGAAAAAGGGGGGCUACGUCGUGACUGGCAGCAGGUUUUGCAUGAUUCUAAAUGGUCAACAACUAAAAUGCCCGAUGAUCUCAACAAGAUAGUAUACUUAAGCUAUGAAUAUAUGCCUUCGUACCUGAAGCAGUGCUUUUUAUACUAUUCUUUUCUUCCUAAAAGUAGAAGUUUUCAUAUGGAGCAAGUCGUGGCAAUGUGGAUAAGCGAAGGAUUUAUUCAUGGAAGCUAUAGUGAUUUAGAAGAAUUGGGAAGAAAUUACUACAUGGAGUUGGUAUCUAGGAACCUUAUAGAGCCAGAUAAAUCGUAUGCUAAUAUAUGGUUUUGCAGCAUGCAUGAUGUUGUUCGCUCAUUUGCUCAGUAUAUGACUAAAGAUGAAGCCCUCGUAACUCAAGACAUAGACAAUGAUAUUCUUGGUAAACUCGGUUCACAAAAGUUUCUUCGAUUGUCUAUAGAAACUAACCUGUCAGUAUCAGGUGAACUUGAUUGGAAAUCUCUACAGGCGCAGCAAUCAAUGAGAACAUUGAUAUUAACAAUCGAGAUUAAGAUGAUGCCUGGUGAUUCAUUGGUUACUUUUUCUAGUUUGCGGACUCUACAUAUAGAAUCUGCAGAUGUGGCUCUAUUGCUUGCAUCAUUGCAUCAACUCAAGCACCUGAGGUAUGUAGCACUAGUAAAUGCUGAUAUAUCUGUACUUCCAUGGAACAUUGGCAAGAUGAAACUAUUGCAAUUCCUUGUCCUGGAUAAAUGUAAUAAAUUGGUGAAUCUUCCUGAUAACAUUGUGAAGCUUGGCCAACUGAGGUUACUUUCACUUCCCAAAGCAAGUAUGGUACCAAGACGGUUUAUAAUCUGACAAAUAUGAGGAGACUAACUAUGUUUCGAGCCCACAUGGAUGGUGAUUGGUGCAGUUUGGAUGAGUUGGGGCCUCUUUCCAAACUCAGAGUUCUUGAAUAAACUCGGAGAUGAUGGGUUGGUCAAAGAGAAGGAAGGUGUCUCUGAGAAAGAGCAACAACGAAUUGAGAAGGUUUUUGAUAAGCUCAGCCCUCCACCUGGUAUAGAAAUACUUGGAAUCAAGGGGUAUUUUGGCCGGCAACUCCCGAGCUGGAUGAUGUCCACAUCAAUGGUGCCCCUCGACAACUUGAAGACUAUAUUUUUUGAAGAUCUGGCUUGUUGCACAAAACUUCCCAAUGCGUUGUGCCAACUCCCUAGUCUGCAGGCUCUACAGGUCUCUCGUGCUCCAUGCAUCAAACAUGUGGGGACUGGAUUCUUGCAGGCGGCAUCAGCUUCAUUUCCGAGCUUAAAUGCAAUGAUCUUGGACGGAAUGGUGGAAUGGGAGGAGUGGGAGUGGGAGGAGCAAGUACAAGCCAUGCAUCGUUUGGAGAAACUCGUGCUCAUUAAAUGCAGACUGAGGCAUAUUCCUCAAGGCCUUGCCUCCAAUGCAAGGGCUUUGAAAAUAUUAUUUAUGUACGUGAAGCAAAAAAUACAUGUCCACUUUGGUUUAUGUAUUUAUCCUUUUUAUACAACACAUAUAAAUACAAAUAUUGAAGAAAAUUCGUGCA